AUUGCUAUACUCGGUACAGAAGAUUUGGAAGUGGAAGUUAUUGUGAAAGAUAGUCUGGGUCGAGAAUUCCAUAACAUAUCUUCGUUUGAUAUAAAAUGGUAUCUGUCUGAUUAUACAUUGGCUUAUUUUUCUAGUAAUGAAGGUGUCAAGACAAGAUUAAUGAGUGUUCAAAAUACUCAUUUCAAAGCAAAAUAUUAUCAAGUUUUGCAUCCAUAUGGUUCUGAAGGAAAUCUGAGAAUUAUAGCAAGCAUAACAGGAUAUAAGUCAUCCUUCCUUAAGGGCAUGGAUAUGCCCAAUGACAAAGUGUUCCCCUCUAUUAAUAGUUCAUUAAAUUUCAUUCUUGUGGAAGAAGCUGAAGUUAGUCCGAAAACGAUAUCAGUUUAUAACAGCCCCUCCAACAAGGUCUAUUUGAAUGUCACAAAAGGAUCAGGAUAUUUUCAUGUUGAAGCCAGUGAUGCCAAAAAAGCAGAAGUAACAUAUUUGAGUAAUACUCGACAAAUUGAGAUCAUACCAUUAGAGACUGGUAUUUUUACAGUCACUCUUACUGAUUUAUGUCUUGGAAUAAAAUAUGAAAGAGUCGCUCAAAUUCAAGUAUAUGGCAUAUCUGCUAUAGUUGUGAAUGUACUAGAUAAGGUUCAAUUGGGUAAAUCAAUAACAGCCUCUGUUGAAGUAUUAAAUGAAGAUGAAGAACGGAUUCCAGCAUCACUAUUUAGUUUGAUGAAUUUGCAGCCUAUCUCAUUCUCGAAUAUAGUUUCUGUUAGGUUAGCAUCAGUUCCUGAGCCUAAUCAAUUUGAAGCAUUCUAUGUAAUUAGUGGACUGUCUGUUGGGCAAACAAAUUUUAAAAUUGUCACUAAAGCAAAUGUAUUCAAAGGGAUACAGUAUUCAAGUGAUAAUUAUCCUAUUCAGGUGUUUGCUCCUCUUAAACUGAAUCCUGAUCAAGUAGUAUUGGUGAAAGGAGGUACAUUUCAGGUGUUAUGCUCUGGUGGCCCUCAGCCCCAACUGAAUAUAGAGUAUAUUAUUGAUGAUAAAGACAUUGCAGUUAUAUCUGUAGCUGGCAUUGUGGAGGCAAAGAAAGUGGGCAAAACAUCUUUAACUGCAAGAUCUGUGGGUCAGGAUAGAAGUGGAAACACUAUUGUCUUUUCUGAGGAUAGCAUUGUGGUUAGCUGCAUAUCCUUAGCAGGAGUAAAAAUUUAUUCACCCUUGUCAAGGAUACGUACUGGUUCAGAGAUGCCUAUGUAUGCAAUGGGUUUGAGUGAGCAAGAAAAUCCUUUUGCAUUUGGUACUGUUUUGCCCACUGCGAAGUUCAAGUGGAGUGUUAGCAAUGAUAAAGUUGCUACUUUGUAUAACUUGUACAGCUCUAUGGGGCUGCAGGAAACAUCUGAAAAUAAUUUCCGUGUUGGUAUAAAGGCUCAACAAGAUGGUUUAGUCACUGUGCAUCUGGAAGUUACCUUACCAAAAGAAAUAUCUUUUAAACCUUUUGGCUCUUCCUCAGUUCUUACAAGUGAAAUUCAGAUUCAAGUGUUUAAAAGAUUGGAAUUAACAAAUCCUGAAGUGGUGCAAGAUAUGAUAUUACUGUCUCCAAAUUCUCAUCUAAAGCUAAAGAGCAACAGGUUUGGUCCUACUAAAGUCACCUAUAAAAUUAUAGUUCCUGAAAAUAGAUCUUCUCACGCUGCAGUUGUAAGUGUAGAUGAUGAAGGGAAUCUUUUAUCAUCAUCACAAACUGGCUCUGCUAUUCUGUUAGUUACAGCAAUUGAAGAGUUUGGUAUAAUCCAGCAAUUGUCUGUUAUUGUAAAGAUAGAAGAAAUAGCAUAUAUGAUGAUAAAACCAAUUGGAGAUAUUAGAACUAGAGACUGGCCUUUGACUACCCUCCCUGUUGGUUUUACUAUUCCCUUUUUUGUGACAUAUCAUGACAACAUAGGUCAAGUAUUUCAUGCUGUUCGCUCUCAGCUAAAAUUUAGAGCCAGCAGGUAUAAUUUAGCAAGAAUAUCUUUUGGUGUCAUGAAUAAUAGUUUGGCAAUUCAAGUUGUUAAACCUGGAUAUACUGUAAUAAAAGUAUGGGAUUCUGAAUCACCCAUUCCACCUGAUUACAUCAAAAUUGUUGCAGGACCUGCUGUUGAUCCUUCAGAUGUACAGCUUACUGUUGGUGAUGUAAUAUGUUUUGGAAGUCCUUUGUUAACUAAAGAAGGCCAUAGUGGAACAUGGUCGUCUAGUGGAAAGAAUGUGCUUUCUAUCCAUUCAACAUCUGGUGGAGCUGUGGCAUUAAGUCCUGGUACUUCUACUGUUACUUACUCUUUACUGAAUGGGUUCAGCACUUCUACCCAGGUCACAGUGAAUGCUGCUGCUUUUAUUUCCAUUGUUCCAGGCAAUGUGAAUCAUGUAAGCAAUUUUCCAAAAGCCAAACCAUAUAAAAUUUUCAUAGUAGUGCAAAGUAAUGAUACUCACAGAGUUAAUAAUAUGGUUGGCAGGAAUUGUACAUAUGCUACUGAAACUUCUAUGCCUGUGCCUAUUGUCCAGCCACCAUUUUCAUGUGAGCUGAAUUUUAUCAGUUCAUCUAUGGAUGUAACUGCCAGUGACAUUUUUUUUGCAGCCAGUGGUUUUGAUAUUGAUAAAGGCAUGUAUUUCUGCAGCAUAGAAGCUGUCAAUAAAAUCUCUAUGAGUGAAACAAGUAUUCUAGAAGGCCAGUUAUCUUUGACUGUACAUCUGCUGUCCGUAGAUCAUUCAUCAUCUUUAUCUCAGCAACUAUUACUAUCAUUUCUGCCAGCAUUCUAUAUACAGCAGGAUGAAGUUCUUCUUUCGGAUCUACAGCCUACAAAUCAUAUUAUUAUUUCUGCUACUCCUGCAGUACAGCGCUGUAUUUUGGUUGUUCCAAGUGAUCCAACAAUUUUGAAAGUUAAAUCUCCAGUUUCAAAUCCAAAUUUUCCUGCUUCUAUUAGCUUUGCUGUUGAAGUGAUUGAUAUUAACAACUUAUGGAGGACAGACAUUGCUUCACUUCAUAUUGAUAUAAGUUGCCCUGUUACCAAGCAACAGGUCAAAUUGCCUGUUAGAGUUAAGAAGCUUGAUAUGCCAUUAGAUAUCAGUUCUUAUUGUCCACCACAACCGGCACCUGUACCUUCAAUUACUGAUUCUUUCUAUGACUGGUAUUUUUUGCUUAAAACAUCAACAGCUUUAUUAGUAAUUGUUAUUACAAUUUACAUUGUCAAAUGGGUCAAAACAGCAAGACGAGGAAUAGUCACAUCACAGCCGGUCUUCUUAAAUACCAGUAGUAGUAGUUCUCAUAAUUUUUCCCCAGACUGUAGUCGCUUUUCAUCGCCAUAUCUUGAAAGACAGUAUUCUCCACGCUCUGUGCCUGAAGAUUUUGAGAACCUCUCGCAGCCUCUCAGGUUGUGUUCUUUAGAUACAUCUCCAAAGACACUGCAGCGCAGGCGUUCUGAUAAUAUAUUUAGAUAAUAUUAUAUGAAUGUAAAAAAGUAUAUUGUCAGUGAUGCCUUUUCAUAUUUCACUAUUUAAAGUGUCAUUUUUAUGUUAGCAUCUGGACCAUUAAACUCAUAUGGAAGGCAGACUGUUUUCAGAAUAACAAGUUUGUAUUUUUAAAUGCAUUUUAAAUUGAAGUUGUUAUUUUCAUUCCUUUUGUGCAGUUUGUUAUUGCAGAGGCUCAGUUUGAAGUAGAAGUUGUGAACAAUUUUUUUUUUUUAAUUUGAUUCUUUUCAUCAUCAUAUUGACAUUGUAAGCAUUUGUAUGUACAUAAAUUUAUUUCAAGUAUUUUGAUUUCCUCUUGUUUGUUGAAUUUGUUUUAAUUAAUGUGUCUCAUUUAUUUUAAAAUUUUCAUUGUUAUAGAAUCGUAAAAUUAUUUUCCAGGUGAUUAUGUUUCUGUGUAGAAAUAUAUUUUAAUGUCAUUAUGAAUUUUAAGCUGCUAUCUAAAUUUUAUUUCAAUAAAAUGAUUAUAUGGUUUUUUAGAAAAUACUCUCUAAAUGAGAGUCAGGGUUAUUGGGAAGGCUCCAUAUUUUGAGACUAAGCAAGUCCUAGCUGAAAAUAUUCUAAGAUUUCCAAUUCACCUUGAAAGUUCCAGACAUUCAUCUACAUUCAGGUUACAAUAUAUAUUUCUUUCAAAAUGUUAAGCAAAAUGAUAAUUUUUUGUCUAAAACAUCAGGGUUAAAGAAAAAAAACAUUAAUACUCACAAAUUAUUAAAAAGUUUUUGUUUUAAAUGUUAACGAGUUAAAAGAAAAAAAUUGCUCCUCUCUUCUUUACGAGUUAAAAGAACAAAGACAAGCAAUCUGCUUUUCUUGCAGAAAGUACUUUAUGUGUCUCAUAGCUGAUACAGUUUUACUAAAACAUUGCUCUCUUCUCCACUUAUGAGUGGUCUCCUGUUCAUUCUCCCUAGAAAUGUAACUAUUCUAUUAUCCCUACUUUAGACAUGUUACUUUCAAAAAUAAUUUUUAGAGUAAAAGUAACUGUAUUUUGUGGUUAGAUGAUUAAAUGAAUUUUUCAAUCCAGUUUAAUCCUUAGCUCUUUAGUUUUAUUUUGAAAUAUCCAUAGGAUUAACAUUCACUAUGAAUAAUGUAAUAUUAUACAUUUCGUUUGCAUAGUGAACAGUUUUCCUAGGGUUUGAUAUUUAUUUCAUUUGUAAAGCUAAUUAAUUUUUUAUAAUAUUCCUAGUUAUUCUAUUGUAUUUUGUAGAAAAUAAAUAAAGCUAUUAGCUUACUUGAUACUUCAUUACAUUUGAUCAGGAAAAUUAAAAACAGAAUUUCAAUGGGAACCGGGUCGUCUUCAACAGAUUGCAUAUGUUAAUUUCUUGCAUUGAUUAGGUAGCUAAUUGGCAUUCUGUGAAUUAAUUUUUUUAAUUUAGAUUUGUAUUUUUGAUUUGGAAAAGUUAUUAAACAUUUCUUAUAAUAGAAUUGCAUUGGUAAAUAAGUAUAUGCUUCAAAAGAAAAAACUGAACAUUCUGUUUGCUCAUUUCCUAAGUAAAUUUGUAACAAAUAGAACUGAUUAAGCUUUAAGCUUAUUUUUUAAGAGGUAAGCAAUUUAAAAAGUAUAACAGAAUAAUAUAUAGUUGAUAGAGUUGUUACAGAUUUUUAGCUUAAUUAUUUAAUGUGUAACAAGUUUGUGCUUUAGUUUAGUGAACUGUAUUUCUAAAGGUUAUACAGUACAAAGUCUUUAAUCCGGACCUCAAAGCUACAAACUUUCUGCGCAUGCGCAUAUGCAUUUACGCUUGUACAUAAAAUCUUUACUCAUGCACAUAAUACGUUUACACAUGCGCGUUUAAUGUAUAACAGACGGUGUAAGCUAAAAUUAUCUAAUUAUCUAUUUCACUUAAUGUUGCAGAUUGUGUUGUUCCUUAAUCUUCUAGUUGGAU